AUGUCCGGCCACAAGCAGGCAAUAUCUGCGUCAUACGCUUCCCCGCGACCACCCACGUCCCAGCUUUUCCGACACGAGAUCGCUACAGUUCUGGACCAGGAAGGCUCCGUGGCAAACAAAAAGGCAUAUUUAACGGAGCUUCGCGGCCUAGUCACCCUGGUACAGGCUGAAAUUAACGUUUUUCUCACCGAGAGAAUGGAAGAGGAUAAACAAAGGGAAGGAGGUGGAAGCAAGGAUGCAGAGCAGGAAGCAAAGGAGGAACAGAAUUAUGGCGAGGAAAACGUCGAGGAUGAUGAUGAUGCUUAG